CAUUUGAUCUUUUGUACAGUUCGUUGUAUAACACCGAUCGCAUCGUUGUAUAACACCGAGUUCGAGGAAAAAUAAAAUCAAAAUGCGUUUCUUACUCUCAAUUGGUGUAGUGUUUAUUGUCUAUUUGGCCUAUGUGCAUUCCGAUUCUUGUGUGCAAUGUAACUCUUCCUCUGAUCCCAAAUGUGCCACACAUCCCGAGCUCUUCUUGGCCAAGCAGUGUGCUAAUACUACCUCACAAUGCUAUGUUCGUGUCAAGGAUGGUGUCACCUAUCGCGGAUGUGCCACUGACUUGGAUAAUUCCACAGCCACCAAUUGCAACAACAAUAUGGAAUGCUUGAUUUGCGGUUUCAUGGAGGGUUGCAAUGGAGCCAUCUUCCCCCAGCAUCGUCUUAGUUGUCUUCAAUGUUCCGGCGACUACAACAGCACCUGUGCCACCGUCAUCACUGCCAAACCUGUGGUUUGUCCCAAUUACAAAUUGGGCGACAAGUGCUAUAUACGCCGUGAUGACAAGAACAACACCGAAUCAUUCCAGCGUGGUUGCUUGUCCUCAGCCCAAGACAGGGGUGUGUGCAAAAACGAAGCCAACUGUUAUACCUGUGAGGGAGCUGGCUGCAAUUUCUUGGAGGCCAAUAGCACUUAUAUACCUUUGGCUCGUGAUUCAGCCUUGGCUUAUGGCUCCUCAUUGGUCAUAGUUUUGAUGGCUUUCUUUGUUACCAGACAAUUUUAAAUGAAGAUACAUUAGUUUUAUAAGCCCUCAACCCUUCCUAAGCCUUUUGUUUUUAUACCCUCCACCAUAGGGUAUACUAAGUUCGUCAUUCCAUUUGUAACACCUCGAAAUAUUCGUCUAAGAUAUAUUCUUGAUCGUCAUGACAUUUGAAGUCGAUCUAGUUAUGUCCGUUGAGGUGAUAAUUUAUUAUGACAUGUACGGCAAGUACGGUCCAUAUCGGUCAAUACCUUGAUAUAGCUCAUAUAUAUUUGAAAAAGUCAUUCAAAGAAUUUGACAAAUUCGAUCCAUGGUGGAGGGUAGUAUUUAAGAUUCGGCCCGGCCGAAUUUAGCACACUUUUUCUUGUUCUUAAUUAUCUAUACCACUUAUUAUUAAGCAUUGACCUCAGUCAGGAAAUUUUAUAUGAAUGAAUGAAUUUUUAGAUACCCAUUUGAAAUGUUUACCGGAAGUAGUCAGUCGAUCGAUCGAUGCUUUUACGUUUAUCCAUGCCAUCUUUUUUUCUACAGACUGUCUUUUUAAAAGCAAUAAUAAAAUUUUAUGAAGUGCAAAGAAAAUCCGU